AUGGGUUUUAGCUUUAUUUCCUUGGUCGUGGUGGCUGUGGUAUCGAUAAUCACUGGUAGUUUUGAAUGUUUCGGGAAGAGGAGCAUGAUGGGUGACGAUACUACUAAUAUCGAUUAUCCCGAUUAUUCGCCGAAAAACGAGGAUUAUCUGGUAGUGCCAAAAAGAGCAGCUCUAUUAUUCGAUCGAUUAAUGGUAGCUCUACAGAAUGUUGUCGAUAAUCGGGGAAAAGGUUCAGUUGGAAGCAAAAAUUCAAUUGGAAGUAAUAGUUUAUCUAGAAACAAAGUUUCAAUUGGAAGUACAGGUAUAAGCGAGCCACCAGAACAUCAUUUCCAAGCCAUCAACUCGGAAAUCAUUCCUAUAGUGGAUGACGAAACGGUAGCGAAUUCGAUGGAUCUGCAACGGCGCGGACUAGUCCAGAGUAAGCUGUUCUGGCACUGUUACUUUAAUACCCUCGCAUGCUUUAAGAAGAAGUGAUAACGACCACAUCGCCGUCAGUUCUCCUCAACCCCUAAAGAUCGAAAAAGAGUGCGCGAAACUUCGUAUCAUUUCCUCGACUUGACUGUAACAGCACGACGAGCUGUGCUUUCCUGGCUAGAAUGUCAAGAAAACAAAUGAAGAAUCAGGAACGUACAGUAGCACAAUGUCCGCAUGAACGUACUUCGAACGUCGAGUUGAUUCUCCUUUAAUUUUUAUUUUUUUGGCGCGCUAAAUUCAGUAAACAUCUACUAAAAAUAACGUACUAUCAAUGUCAUAAUUUCACACUCAACAAUGUAACUGUUAUGUAACAUAUGUGUUAUACUAUAUUUAUAUCGUAGAGUAUGAAUUAUAACAUUGUUAUGUAUCUGUUAAUUAAUGUUUACUGGGAAGGGAUACCUUUACCGUUCUUUUCAGCAACUAUAUCGUUACAUAUCAUUGCCUCAUCUUCUCCAUCACGGAUCAUGCAACAUGUCGGGAAUCUAUACUUUUCCUAUUGCUUAUAAAGUAACGAUUGAAGACCUAUCCAUUAAAUCUCUCUUCAAGCAUAU